AUGUCUGCCAAGGAAACCGACGAUAGUUCCAUCUGCCGUGUCGACGAGGUGAUGGCACAGUUGGACUUCCGCACCUUCAUCGAACUUCUACGUCAAGAUGAUGACCUUGUCGAGAUCACCCGGGAGGUUGAUCCGCAUCUUGAGGUGGGCGCAAUCGUCAGGCGAGUGAGCGAGACCAACGACAAGGCACCUCUGUUCUCAAAUGUAAAGGGAGCUCACAACGGCCUGUGGCGCAUGUUCGGCAAUGCCGCAAGCCUGAGAAGAGAUCAAAACACGAGAACACAAGAAGGCAAGGUGUCGAGGCCCCUGCCCCCAAAUGUGCUCGAAAGUGGACCCUGCAAGGACAACAUGAUCUUCGGCGAUCAGAUUGAUCUCAACAAGCUGCCCGUGCCGCAACUACACAUGGAAGACGGAGGCAGAUAUAUCCAGACGUACGGAAUACACGUCCUGCAGUCGCCAGAUGGAUCCUGGACCAACUGGUCGAUUUUCAGAGGCAUGGUCCACGACAAAAGCCACAUCGUGUGCCUUGUAAACCCCGGCCAGCAUAACCACAUGAUCAAGGAGAAGUGGCAGAAGCAAGGCAGCCAGGAGAUACCAUGGGCGCUCGCCCUUGGUGUUCCUCCCGUUGCGACCAUCGCAGCUGCCAUGCCGAUUCCCGAGGGCAUCUCUGAAGGCGAAUACGUGGGUGCAGUGGUAGGAAAGCCGUUGGAUGUCGUCAAAUGCGAAAUGAGCAAACUUCUCGUCCCUGCAAAUAGUGAAAUCAUCCUGGAAGGAAGCAUGUCCCUGGUCGAGACGGCAGAUGAGGGUCCUUUUGGCGAUUAUCUAGGCUAUGUCUUUGACUCCGAUCGCCGCACCAUGCCAUUGUUUAGAGUGGAUGCCAUUACAUACCGCAACGACGCCAUAAUGCCAGUCUCAGUGCCGGGACGAAUAACGGAUGAAUCGAGUCACGAUCUGCCGAUCAAGGAGGCAUUUGCACCACUCGAAACAAUGGCAACGUGGUGUGCGCUGCAAGUCGACUCCCGGAGACUCGCAGAGCUGAACACCACGUCCGAAGUCUUUUGCGAGCGACUGGGUCGAGUCAUUUUCAACGACAAGAGCUCGAUGCUAAUCAACAGAUUGCUGGUCGUCGGCGACGACAUAGAUGUCUACGACUUCCAGGACGUAAUGUGGGCAUAUGUUACGCGCUGUCGACCGGGGCAGGACGAGUAUGUUUUUGAGGACGUGCCGGGGUUCCCACUUACGCCUUACAUGUCGCACGGGUCAGGAGAUCGGAAAAGGGGAGGCAAAAUGGUUUCGGACUGUCUCCUGCCCAUGGAGUAUAAGGGGAAGGGAUCUUUCCAGCGGGUAGACUUUGAGAACUCUUAUCCGGAGGACGUCAAGGACAGAGUGAGGUCCAACUGGCAUGCCAUGGGCUUCGGCAAGGAUUAG